AUGAUGUCCAAACGCGUCUCCGUGAUAGUCAUCGGCGGCUCCCACGCUGGCCUCGCAGUAAGCCAGAAACUGCUUCGACAAACUCCCAGAGCCGCCAUAACCCUUAUAAAUCCCUCGGAUGAAUACUACUUCAACAUCGCCGCUCCUCGUUUCCUUGUCAAGCCCGCGAGCCUGCCACCAACCAAAUACCUAUAUUCCAUCCCCGAGGCGUUCCGCGAACAUCCACCGGGUUCUUUCACCUUCGUCAAGGGACUGGUGACCAAGAUUGACUAUUCGACCAAGUCAGUCGCAGUAGGCCUGUCUGCAGGCUCAACCGCGGGUACCGUUACUUCGUUUGAGUUUGACUACCUUGUGAUUGCGUCUGGCAGUUCGACGCCUGCGACGCUAGGACAAGCGGGUCUGAGACUCCCCUUCAAGGCUACUGCGUUCGAGGAUACGGGGAAGGCAAUAUUGGACGCGCAGGCGAAGCUGGAAGCCGCUCGGACCGUUCUAAUCGGUGGUGGGGGGCCUCUUGGAGUCGAAAUUGCCGGGGAACUGGCCGAAGCUGCAGGACCGAAAAAGAUCACGCUGGUGUCUCGGACGAGUGUGUUGCUGGAGGGGGCGACUGAGCCUGUACAGAGAAGGGCGUUGUCGCUUCUACGGCUGAAAGAUGUCGAAGUCUUGACAGCGACCACGGUUGUGGACGCGGUGUACGAAGCCCACAGUCAGACUUGGAAAGUCAAGCUAUCUUCUGGGCAAACAUAUACUGCUGAUGCAUACAUCGCUACUACGGGCACCAUUCCGAAUAAUGAGUAUAUUCCAAAGAGCUGUCUCAAUUCCCAAGGCUGGGUAAACGUCGAUGAACACCUCAGAGUCGUGGAAGACGGCGUAAGCCGCAGUGACACCUACGCUGUCGGUGACAUAACUUGCCAUCCAUAUCGACUGCUAUCGAGAGUCUCUGUUCAGGGAGAGACGGUAGCAUCAAAUAUCGCGUCGGCUAUUGAGGGAAGGUCCCGGCUCGCUACAUAUUCGGCAGAAGCGCAAAAGAAGAUGAUGGUUGUUCCAGUGGGGCAGUCGACGGGGACAGGACAACUGGGGGGUUGGACGCUUUUUGGAUGCAUUGUUUGGUUCUUCAAGGGGAAAGACUUUUUGACUUAUGAGGCACCCAAAUUCUUGCGAGGUCAGGUGCGGUGA